UCCUACCGACCAAACCCACCGGCUAUAGGCUCGUCGUUUCAUAUUCCUUUGAUAAAAAAUAUACUUUGAACUCUAUUUUCCAAUUGCCAUUAUUUUUCAUCUUCAAAUCAAAUUGGGCGACGAAAGCUCCAUAUUAUUAUCUUCCUAUACAUUGGAUCUCACUUUCAUUGAAUUUUGAAGAAUUUAUUGUAUGGCAAGUUAUUAUGUAACGGCGGUUCCGCCAACGGAUCUGAAUCGGAAUACUGAGUGGUUCACGUAUCCCGGUGUAUGGACGACCUACAUCCUAAUUCUAUUCUUCUCAUGGCUCGUUGUUCUCUCUGUAUUUGGUUGCUCUCCUGGCAUGGCUUGGACCAUCGUCCAUCUUUCUCAUUUUCUCGUCACAUAUCAAUGUUUUCACUGGAAGAAGGGAACACCAUUUGCUGAUGACCAAGGUAUCUACAAUAGGUUGACUUGGUGGGAGCAGAUAGAUAGUGGGAAGCAGCUUACACGCAAUAGGAAGUUUCUAACAGUUGUCCCUGUGGUGCUCUACUUGAUAGCCUCCCAUACAACUGAUUAUCAACACCCCAUGCUGUUCUUCAACACAAUCGCAGUUUUUGUACUGGUCGUUGCCAAAUUUCCCAAUAUGCACAAGGUUCGUAUUUUCGGGAUAAAUGCAGAUCAAUGAGCUUGGGUUCAACUGAAUACAUACCACAGAAAGAAGGGAAAAAAAGUACUAAUUGAUUUGCUUUUAAGCAUCAUGUGUAAAACUGGGAUGUCCCUGUACAGAUGCAAGAACUGGAAAGGGUAUAUCAUUAUUUUGUAAAAGAAAUCAACAUGUUCUCUCUUUGUGGAUAUUUUUUUCUUGUAAAAACUGUUUGUAUGAGAAUGCUGGAAUAUCGAUUGAGUUAUGAUAUUUUUCGUGUU